ACUGUACUGUGCAUAAAAUAUUAUUCCGUUUCCUGUUUCAUUUAGCUUAACUGAAACCGGAAACGGAUAUCAGCCAACAAGGCGGAAGUGACCCACAUCACAUGAUCGAUCAUCAGACAAAUCAAUCAAGAUGGCUGGAGGUAUGGACAGAACACGUGCGCUCCCUAAAAUUAGGGACGCAGACAAGGAAUCAAUGUUUGGCUAUGUGUACGCAGUAUCUGGUCCUGUGGUAACUGCACAGAAUAUGUCUGGAUCUGCUAUGUACGAAUUGGUGCGUGUCGGACACACAGAACUGGUCGGGGAGAUUAUUAGGUUGGAAGGAGACAUGGCAACCAUUCAGGUCUACGAAGAUACCUCUGGUGUUACUGUAGGUGAUCCUGUACUAAGGACUGGCAAACCUCUCUCAGUUGAAUUAGGACCUGGUAUUAUGGGCAGCAUCUUUGAUGGUAUUCAGCGUCCCUUGGAAGAUAUCAGCAACUUAACACAAAGUAUUUACAUCCCCAAAGGUAUAAACACACCUGCCCUAGAUAGAACUAAAAAAUGGGAAUUUGAGCCUUUUGGAAAUAUACGGGUUGGAAGUCAUGUGACAGGUGGAGAUAUUUACGGAGUAGUGUACGAGAAUAUUCUAGUCAAACAUAAACUGAUGGUGCCACCAAAAGCUCGUGGAACUGUCACAUAUAUAGCCGACCCUGGAACAUAUGAUAUCAAUGAUGUGAUUUUGGAGACUGAAUUUGAUGGUCAGAAGUCAAAGUUUUCUAUGUUACAAGUAUGGCCCGUACGUCAGAUGAGACCAACAGCAGAUAAAUUAGCCGGGAACCAUCCCCUCCUGACUGGACAGAGAGUACUGGAUGCCCUCUUCCCAUGUGUACAGGGAGGAACCACUGCUAUCCCUGGUGCUUUUGGUUGUGGUAAAACUGUGAUUUCACAGUCCCUGUCUAAAUAUUCCAACAGUGAUGUCAUUGUUUAUGUCGGCUGUGGUGAGAGAGGAAAUGAAAUGUCCGAAGUGUUAAGAGAUUUCCCAGAGUUGACGAUGGAAGUUGAGGGUAAACCAGAAAGUAUCAUGAAGAGAACAGCUCUUGUAGCAAACACAUCUAACAUGCCUGUAGCUGCCAGAGAGGCUUCUAUCUACACAGGUAUCACACUGUCUGAAUAUUUCCGUGACAUGGGUUACAAUGUGUCUAUGAUGGCUGACUCCACGUCAAGAUGGGCCGAGGCCUUGAGAGAAAUCUCCGGUCGUCUCGCUGAAAUGCCUGCUGAUUCUGGUUACCCAGCGUACCUUGGUGCUAGAUUAGCUUCGUUCUACGAGAGAGCUGGACGUGUGAAGUGUCUCGGUAACCCAGCUCGUGAAGGGUCUGUCAGUAUUGUAGGAGCUGUAUCGCCCCCUGGUGGAGAUUUCUCAGAUCCUGUAACAGCCGCCACAUUAGGUAUUGUACAGGUGUUUUGGGGUCUUGACAAAAAAUUGGCACAGAGGAAACAUUUCCCUUCCAUCAACUGGCUGAUUAGUUACAGUAACUACAUGAGAGCUCUCGAUGAAUUCUAUGACAAAAACUUCAGUGAAUUUGUACCACUUAGAACAAAGACUCGUGAGAUCUUACAAGAAGAAGAAGAUCUGUCAGAAAUUGUACAACUUGUCGGCAAGGGUUCACUGGCUGAAUCAGACAAGAUUAUUUUAGAAGUUGCCAAACUGAUCAAAGAUGAUUUCUUACAACAGAAUGGUUACACACCAUAUGACAGAUUUUGUCCAUUUUACAAGACUGUAGGCAUGUUAAAGAACAUGAUAUCAUUUUAUGACAUGGCGAGACAUGCAGUAGAAAGUACAGCGCAGAGUGAGAACAAAAUUACCUGGGCAAUUAUUAGAGACCAAAUGGGGGAUAUUCUAUAUAAACUUAGCAGUAUGAAAUUCAAGGACCCAGUGAAAGACGGAGAAAAGAAAAUACGACAAGAAUUUGAUGAACUUUAUGAAGAGAUGCAAACAGGGUUUAGAAAUCUAGAAGACUAAACUCCUCGCACUUUUAGUACAGCAAAACACAAUGAGUAGAAGUGUUCAAGUCAUCUAAUAUAGGAUCAUUGUAACAAUCUACCAAUCAGUGAUCUGUCCCGUUACCAUGGUUAUACAGUAUAUAUACAUGAGGAUAAUUGAUAAAACACACGGACAGAUAUAGCAAGUGAUAAAACUUAUUAAUUAAAUAGUUAUAAUUCUGAAAACAGGUUAUGUCUUCCUCAAUUCAUUAAUACAGAAUUAUUUUGGAAAGAAAUCAUAUUUAAUAUUUAGUAAAUGAAAAUCAUAAUGAAUGAAGUUAAUUUUAAGUAUGAUAUAUUAAGAAUAUAAUAUUAUAAGAUAUGUUUUUUACGUUGCUGGUUAAGCAAUGGACAAAAUCUUCAGGUUAGCCAUAUUUAAUGCAUUGAAGAUAGCAUUGGCACUGAUUUAUAUACCAAGGUUAAUAAUAUUGUAUUUAAUUAAUUUAAAUGUUGAUUUUAUUUACUGAAUAUCAAAUAUUUUCGUUUGAAAACUUGCCUCAAAUGUAGGAAUAAGUUAUAUUUCAAAAAUUAGUUACAGACCAUUUUAAAACUGUCUCGUGUGUUUUUAUAAAAUAAUAGCUUCACAUUACUGUCAACCUAUACAGCACCUUUGCUUAUUGUUUUCAAGACAGAGCCACAUAGCAGUAAAAUAGACAUUAUUGUGUUGUAUAUUUUUCCUUUGAAAUCCCUACAUUUUUUACCCGAAAUUUUCAUUAAGGUUAUAAAAUUUAAAUAAAUAUGUCAUAUGUAAUUUAUAAAUUUUGUAUUAUUUUGUCUGCAAAUGGCUCAUGUAAUACAUAUUUCCAUGUUGCGUUUUUUCUAUGAUUACAUCAUUUUUGUAACAAUGUAACCUGUUAACGUGGCUCGUCUCAUACAAUAUCAUAUCAUAACAUGUACAAGGAGUCUGUACACAUUCCUAUGCUGCCGUAUAAAUGUGUAUUUUUAACCAGUAGUGCUAGCUGAGUUGUUGUUAUUAUUGUUGUUAGAUUAUAUAAUUUAUACCAUUAAAGUUAACUUGUUGUUAACAAAUUUUUAAAGGCACAAAUUUGUCUUUUAAAUAACAAUGGUAUGAUACGGAUUAACCAGAACUGUAUUUGAGUAGAUGCUAGAUAUUUAAUGGAGGUUAUGUCUUCAAACUUGACCUCUGUCUAUAAUUCAAGGUCAUAAUCAUGAUUAUAUUAUUAUGAAAUUUAGAUGUCUGUAUGUUUUUAAAAUUGCUGACUGAUGUUUUUUCCUAAUCAUAUAGAUAGAUCCUUAUUCUGGCCUUUCACUUGAAUAACAAUAGAUUUAACCACAAACAUUAACAUGUGUUCUUUUGUUAUUAUGUUAACAAAUAUGUUGUGGUGAAAAUUUUAUUGUAAUCCACUAAUCUGAUAAUUUGAAUAAUGAAGAUCAGGGUCAUGGGGGGAUCUAUUUAUUUAUUUAUUUAUUUUUUUUUUCUAAAUAUCGAAUAUCUUAAAUUUAAAAUCAUUAAAAUACUUAAGGUAUAAAAGUGACAGUUUCAAUAUGGAGAAAGCCUUGGCUUUUACAUUUAUGUUUAUAUAUUUUGUCAUGGGAUGAUCCAAAUACUUAAGGACAACAUGGUAUACUAGAUUUUUGUAACAACAAAGAAUCAAUGUUGUGCGAUCUUAUGUCUGAUUGUAGGUGAUCUGAACACAUGUUUCCAUUCUAGUCAUAAAACAGAACAAUUGUCAGGUAGGGAUAUAGGAAAUGAUAGAUUGAUGUGCUGUUUUUAUUGUUAUUUUUAUUAAAGAAAAUGAUGUAAUUUGGUAAGAUUCUACAGUAGCAUGGCCAUAUAAUAUGUUUCACUUUGUUUCUGUGAUAUUUUUAUAUAACCCGUUGUCUAUCUUAAGAUACAGUUGGUCUCAAAGACUUUGUUAAACUAUCUUACAUUCAAAAUGAAAACUUAUCCCUUCUAAAUUUUUGUAAUGGACUCGCCCUGCUUUAAAUUUGGGACAAUCUAAUUUUACUUUAAGGGGUGUCAGUAUUAUUAUCAUUGAACUUUUCAACAGUAUAGUGACUGCUUCCACUGCUGGAAUGUGGAGGUGGGUUAAAGAGUAACAUACUAGUCUCUAAACUUGUGUUAAAUCAAUUAUUCCAGAAAUAGUCUCUAAUCUUGUAUUAGAUAUAAUUUCUAAGCUUCUUAGAUAGUCUCUGAUCUCAUGAAAGUGUGUUAUGAGAGCCCAAGUUUAUAGUUAAUAACACAAAAUAUAUAACUCUGCUACAGUAUUAAAUCUUCUGUAACAAUACCUGCAACUGAUUGUCCUAAAAAUUAAAAAUCAAUACACAAAAGCCCAAAGAAAACAAAACAAUAGAUAUAUAAGUUAUAGAAAGAAACCACUGUGUUAACAAACAACAAGGGACCACAUUGCUCCAUGACAGUUUUGAGAUUCAUUUAAAGUGAUUUGCCAGGGUUAUGUUAAGAAUUUGAACAUUUUCAAAUUAUGCUCAUAAAGUACUUCUGUUCUGAGGAAACAAUAUAUUUAUUAAUUAUAUUUCCGAAGUGUGAUUUGUAUAAAAGGUCAUAUGUUAUUACGCAGGCAUUUGAAACCAGUCUGAAAUUUAACCACAUCCAUUGGUUAAUUUCAAAUUUUCAAUUGAUCAGAUGCAGGAGUUUAAGACUGGUUUUAUAUGCCAAGUUGUUUUUGUUUUUUUUAAACUCUGGUCCCAACAUUCUUUUUUGUUGCUGGUAUGUUGAUGAAUGUAAACAUGUUGAUUUUGGUGUAAUUAGGGAAUUUUAUAUCACAGAAAACUCCAAAUGCAAUAAAAUUAUAUGAAAGGGUACUUAUGUGUUAAAUGUUUUACUAGUAUUUGUUAAUGUAUUUAUUCUUGAUUUAGUAGAAUUAAAAAUAUUAGAAUAAUCAAAAGAAUCUAUUUCUUUUCAACAUAUUUUACAUUUAUUCAAGGUGAAAUAUUUAAAUUUUCAAGUAGUUUACUAUGUUGUGAAAGUUAUUUUAUAUGUAAUGAGGGCAUGGCGCUUAAUGGUCAUAACUCUGUUAUUAUUUCAUACAAGUUACAAGCAUUUUGCUCCAAGCCCUCGAUAUGAAGAUAUCUGGUUGAAAGCUGACAAUGUUUAGUUCAGAAUAUAUCAUAUAUGUGUGUCAUUAGCCAGUUUAUGCAAUGUGUAAGUAAUUAUGUUAUUCAUAAAAUACAUGUGUAUUUGAAAUCCAGAUGUGUAAAGAUCUUAGAACAUAUGAAGGUGUUAACAUACAAGUACAUGAUAGUCAUAUAUGUCUUCCUAUCAUACACAGAUAGGAUUGUUUCAUGUUGAUUAUAACAAUUUUAAAAACUGCCAAGAGCAGUGAAAACAUCUUUGUUUUAUUAAAAACAAUAAAAUAGGAUAUUUUUUAAGCAAAGGGAGACAACCAGUAUUUGUAAAUUAUUAAUGUCAAAAAGAUUUGUAUCCAUAAAAACAUAUAAGAUGUUAUCACUGCUCUUGGAUGUUUCUAUAGUUUACAUGAUUAAUGGAUGUCAGACUGAUGGCACAUUCCAAUUUGUUUUUGUAUUUAAAUCUGUACAGAUGUAUAUAAAUAUGAAUUGUGUCUAUGUACAGAGUAAUAUAAUAUACAAGAUUAAAAAAAAAGUGUCAAAAAUGUA